AUGGUGUGCGCUGAUGUGGAAACUGAUCCCGCCUCGGGUAUUGCAUCAACUCUUCAAGCCACCGCGUUCAAUUGGGAGGGAUUGAUGGCUGCUCGCUUCUUUCUUGCUAUGGCUGAAGCAGGGUUCGCUCCGGGCGUCCCGUAUUUAUUAAGCUUUUUCUACAGGAGACACGAGCUCGGUCUCCGAUGCGGCAUCUUCCUCUCUGCAGCCCCUUUAGCCACCACAUUCGCUGGGGCCCUCGCCUUCGGCAUCACGUCCGGCCAUGCAUCGAUAGCGAACUGGCGAUUGCUCUUCAUCGUCGAGGGCAUACCCACUGUCAUCUUGGCAAUUGCAGUCUUCCUCUUCCUGCCCGACUCCCCUGAUACUGCCAAGUUCCUCACAGACGAGGAGAUCGAGGUUGCGAAAGCCCGGGCCAUACUACAAACGGGAACAGAAGGCAAGAACAGAGUGGGGAAAAUCCAUUUUGGAGAAGUCCUCGAGGCGUUCAAAAGCCCCCAGACUCUCAUCCAGCCCCUGAUGUACUUCAGCUGCAAUGUGUCCUUUGCCUCGCUUCCGGUUUUCCUCCCGGCAAUCCUGACCUCUAUGGGCUUCACCAGUAUCCAUGCGCAAGGUCUCACUGCACCUCCUUACUUCCUGGCCUUCCUCGUCUGCAUCCUCACGACUUGGAUCGCCGACAGAACCCGACAGCGGGGGCUGAUGGUGUUUGGGCUCUCGAUCAUGGGCGGCGUAGGUUACAUCCUCCUUGCCACCGUCAAGAGCGUCGGAGUGCGCUACCUCGGCGUUUUCCUCGCGGCCGCCGGUGUCUUCCCUGCCAUCGCCAAUAUCCUGCCCUGGGUGCUCAACAACCAGGGCAGCGAUACCAAGCGCGGCGUCGGGAUCGCCAUGCUCAACCUCAUUGGGCAAUGCGGUCCCAUUCUCGGCACGCGCAUCUUCCCAGUUGCCCAAAAGCCAUACUAUGUCAAGGGAAUGGCUAUCUGCGCAGGGUUCAUGUUCUUCAAUGCGCUGCUGGCCAUCUCGCUCAGGACAUACUUCUCUUGGAGGAACAACCAAUUCGAGGCCGCCGAGGUAGCAGCGCAAAGGGAAGCAGCUGAAAGGGGCGGGGACUUAAAGCGAGACCCGGAACCCCACGGAGCAGAGAUGGAAGGGACAUCUGGGUAUAGGUUCGUCCUUUGA